GCUUUUUAUGAUUCUUGUCAUAGUGACAAUCAAGCCGAGUUUCUAACUGAAUUAAACAAUAUGGAAGAGGAACAAGUUGGAGAAGGUAAUAUCGAAGACUACUUAACUCCCAAGGAAUUGUUAGCGAGUCAUUUUGCCAUCCCGGAAACUCUGCAAGAGAAAAAGUUAACAUUUGACGAAGCUUCAAAAGGUUUGAACACUCUAGGGAAAGAUGAAAGUGGCGUAAGAUAUGCAUAUCUGAUGAUGACACUUACGGAAAAGAAGUUAACGGACAUAUCGAUAAUAGCAAAUUUUAAACAUCUUCUCUUUGUGGAUCUGAGCGGAAAUCUUCUUAAUCUGGAAGCUUUAGAAGUCCUAACCCAGCUACCGUUCUUAAUUUUUUUGAAAGCUGAGAGGAAUAGAAUUGAAUCUGCAAGUUUGCAGUGCAUGCCCUAUCUUCAAGUUCUGAUUCUGAACAAAAAUCAGAUAACUGAAACAGGCGGGUUGAAUCAACCGUUACUUGAAACGUUGGAACUGUCUGAUAAUUCAAUUUACACUGCUCAAUUUGAACCAGAAAAGCUGAGCAAACUAAAGGUUUUGAGUAUGAGCGGUAACCAUUUGAUAGAUGCUUCCGGUACCUAUCCAACGGGCUUGGAAAAGUUGUUCCUUGGAAAUAACAACAUAAGCAGGAUUAAUUUAGAUCUCUCCAAACUGAAAAAUCUGAAAUACCUCCAUUUGAGAGAUAAUAACAUCAGAAAACUAUCUGGAUUCACCGAACAACUAUCACAGCUUACCUAUCUGAACUUAAGAAACAAUAAAAUCAAUAAAAUUAGACAAUUCAGAAAACUGGACUGUUUACCAAAUUUGGAAACUAUCAUAGUCAUAGAGAACCCAGCGUGCAGAAAAAAAGAUGAGCGAGAUGAGGAUGUUGAAGACGAAGAACACGAGGAUGAAAUAUACGGCGAGGAAGGUGCGCCCGCUGUUGAUAAAACUAGAUUGGCUUUAUUGGUAUUAUUACCGAAUCUUAAACGAAUCGAUAAGGAAAUAGUUACAGCGGAAGAGAGGGAAGCUGCGUUGUUGAAAAAGAGGCAAAUUACAGAAGAAAUCUUUGAAGAGGAUAGUAGCGAAGAUGAGACAGAAGUACCUACCACUACAGAUUUAACAACGGAAUUUACAACUGAAACGGAAAUUGAUUAUGAUUUACCUCGUUCAAAACCUACGGAAGUCAGAGGAGAGAAUGAAUCUGACAACUGAUAUGUGAGGGGAUGACGCAAGUAGAAAUGAGAGUAGAAAAUUUAGCUUGUAGAUGUUGGAUUCAAUAACAAUAUUCAAUAUACUUGAAGUUCAAA